GUUCCACCUAAGAGGAGGAAAGAUUGGCAAGUCUGCUAUCUGGGUAGGGUGUCUUUCCGUUCACUCAAGACAUACUUUUCCUCUCCCUUUUCCCUUAGUUCCUGUGUUUUCCCUCAGAAUUCCCUCUGAUGCUUCAGUUUUCCCUUUUAUACCUCUUGCUCAGGUGCUUCCUUUCACUCCUUUUUCCAGAAGACAGGCAUCCUUCCUCCGGUUGCCCAGUUGCGCCAUCUCAUGGCCCUCCCCUGCUCUCCUUCAUGUAGCCAAACUGGUUUGAGUCAACCACACCCCCUUCCUAGCUCCUGGGGCUCUUCAGGUGGUGGCUGGCCACUCAACCCCACCCCUGGGCUUGGCUUGGAGCCCUGAGUCAACCCCAUCUCCACCCAAGCCAGAUCAAACCCAAGGCAGGAGCCGAAACUCACAAUCCCUCAAGGCCUAUAGCCAGGUGAUGGAGGACGAGGAGAAGGCAGUGGAGAGCUUGAUGAGCAACACGGAAGCUGCUAAUUCUCCAUCCCCCAUCCGUUGCUGUUGGGUCCGCCUCCGCUACUUGGCAGCUACUAGCAUUAUCUGUGGCUGCUCUUGCCUGGGAGUCAUGGCUCUUGUGUUUGCUGUCAAGGUGAGGAAUGCAAUUCUAUGGGAACAAGCUUAUAAGGCAGGCCGUUUCCAGGAGGCAGUGCACUGGGGGUCCCGGGCCCGGAGGCUCAUCCUGGCCAGCUUUGCUGUCUGGUUGUCUGUCCUUGUUCUGGGCCCCCUGCUGCUGUGGCUGCUCUCCUACGCCAUCGCUCAGGCUGAGUGACUCUGGGUGGCCUCUGCUGAGAGUCAGCUAAGACCUGGAUCCUACAAUGCGGCAUUGCUAAGGUCUGAUGACAGCAGUGAUCCUUCCUGGCUGGAAGGAUAGUACCUCUUUCAAGGGGCUUUGGAAGAGUUCUUCUAGUCCUUCAUAAAAGAAGGACAGCAGCUGAGACUGAUGAGGGGAGGUCAGCCUGCUCUGUUCUUUCAGUCCCCACUACCUGCUAUCUUUCCCACCCCAUCUAGGAGCCUCCACCCAGAGGAGGGGUUGAAGACCAGACCUGAUCUUACUAGAAUUUGUUUUGUAAUAAAGACCUUUUUUAGUGGUGAAAUGUUCCUGUCUAAUUGUUCUUCCUCUGCUUUCCCAUGGGCCCUUGGUGAGAGCCAGACUAGACAUCUGAAUGAAGGCAGAAGCCUACAUCUCGCUUCACCUCACCUGCCUCCAAUUCAAUUUAACAAGCUCCGCCUUCUGCGAUCGAGGCAGAUGCCGUGUGCCGAUUGGUCGUAUCAGAGGGCCUGCCCAGGCGUCGCGG